AAUUACUGCAUCAAAUCUCAUCAACGCCAACCCCUCUAUAUAUCCAUCUCCGCCUCACGAUUCAUCUCUUCUUCUUCUCCUCCUUCUAAAUUCUCGACUUUUUUCUUCAAUCAUAAUUUGCGCUUUAGAUUCCCAAUCCCAGUCACAGGCGAAUCAGAUUGAGUGUCUGUUAUUUAAUCGUAUAAGACUUUGAUGAUUCGAUCUGUAAUUUGUUCGAAUAUUGUUUUUCAAUUGGUGAAUUUGAUCGAAAAGUGAAGGGGAUGGUGAGAGGAUUGGUGGCGCGAUUUUAUUGAGAGCGAAGAAAUGCCAGGAUUAGCUCAGAAGAAUGAUCAGAGAUUCCCCGACGGUGGUGCGGUGUCGUUCAACGGAUCCGGGAGUGGAUUCUGGUCCAAGCAUCGCGACGACGUCAGCUACAAUCAGCUCCAGAAGUUUUGGAGUGAACUUCCACCCCAAGCCCGGCAGGAGCUUUUGAGAAUUGAUAAGCAAACCCUUUUUGAGCAUGCUCGUAAGAAUAUGUAUUGCUCUAGAUGCAAUGGGCUAUUGCUGGAAGGUUUUUGGCAAAUUGUUACGUACGGCAAGUCAUUGCAACAGGAGGGAACAUGCGUCCAUCAUGCUUGGGCUGGUAUAGGAACCUUGAAAAGUCAAGGUGAAGAUGAUGCACACGAUCCAUCUGUCCACCCCUGGGGAGGUCUAACCACAACUAGGGAUGGAGUUCUCACCUUACUAGACUCGUAUACAUUAACAAAAUCUUUGAAAGGACUCCAAAAUGUUUUUGACAGUGCACGUGCAAGGGAACGUGAACGGGAGUUGCUUUAUCCUGAUGCAUGUGGUGGAAGUGGUAGAGGUUGGAUAAGUCAAGGAAUGGCUGGUUAUGGAAGGGCUCAUGGAACAAGAGAAACAUGUGCUCUUCACACUGCCAGACUUUCUAUUGAUACCUUGGUAGAUUUCUGGUCUGCACUUGGAGAAGAGACUCGGCAUUCUCUUCUAAGAAUGAAGGAGGAGGACUUUAUCGAAAGGCUUAUGUACAGAUUUGAUAGCAAGAGGUUCUGUAGAGAUUGCCGAAAGAAUGUUAUACGUGAAUUUAAGGAGCUAAAGGAACUUAAGCGGAUAAAGAGAGAACCUCGUUGCAACAGCUGGUUUUGUGUAGCAGACACAGCAUUUCAAUAUGAGGUUUCAUGUGAUACAAUCCAAGUAGAUUGGCAUCAAACCUUCAUUGACAGCUUUGGGACAUAUCAUCAUUUCGAAUGGGCAGUUGGAACUGGAGAAGGAAAAUCAGACAUCUUGGAGUUUGAAAAUGUUGGUUUGAGUGGAAGAGUUGAAGUGAAUGGUCUAGACCUUAGUGGGCUGAGUGCAUGCUACAUAACUCUUAGGGCAUGGAAAACAGAUGGCCGUUGCUCUGAGAUAUCAGUGAAAGCUCACUCUAUGAAGGGGCAACAAUGUAUACAUUGCAGGCUUGUGGUGGGUGAUGGUUAUGUUACAAUAUCGAGAGGGGAAAAUAUCAAAAGGUUUUUUGAGCAUGCUGAAGAGGCCGAGGAAGAGGAGGAUGAUGAUUCCAUGGACAAGGACGGAAGUGAUCUUGAUGUCGAGUGCACCCGUCCUCAAAAACAUGCAAAGAGUCCUGAACUUGCUCGGGAGUUUCUUCUUGAUGCUGCAACUGUAAUUUUCAAAGAACAGGUUGAAAAGGCCUUCAGAGAGGGAACAGCACGCCAAAAUGCUCAUAGUAUAUUUGUAUGUCUUGCAUUGAAGUUACUGGAAGAAAAGGUGCAUGUGGCAUGCAAGGAUAUAAUUACUUUAGAGAAACAGAUGAAGCUUCUUGAAGAAGAAGAGAAGGAAAAACGUGAAGAAGAGGAACGGAAAGAGCGAAGACGAUUAAAAGAAAAGGAGAAAAAACUUCGUAGAAAGGAGAGAUUAAGAGAGAAGGGAAAGGAUAGAGAGACAAAAAGUUCUGGCUUGAACCAGGACCAUUGUGAGAUUGUAAAGGAUGAAGUGGCAUCUUGCAUGGAUGAAGAAGAGUCCAGUGUUAUUGACAGCAGGCACUCUGGGAGUGAGACAGAGGAAGCCAUUGCACCGACUUUGUCUCAAAACAAUCAAGGCGACGUACCUAUAAAUGGACACAGCCCUUCGAUUACUUCACUUUGCACUGAUGAUACUACUAACGGCGAUUUUGUCAGUUUGAAAGAUGAAAGUGAGUCUUAUCAGCAUGAUGAUUUCAGAUACUCUCGCCAAAAAAAGAUGUUUUGGAAAGACGUUCAUGUUGACUCGGGGUUGAAAUACUCGGAUAGGAGGCCAUUUGUUUCAGAGAAUAGGGACAUGGUUAGGCAACAUGAAGUAAGGCGCCAUUGUGAUAGAUCAAACAAGCAAUUGAGAAGUAAUGUAAGAAAUGGUGGGCCCAAGUUCAGUCAUUGCCCUAAUCAUCGACUGAAUGACAGAUAUGACUUCCAUUCGUGCAGCUGUAACCAACACCCUGAUUACCGAGUGAAGGUAGACCAACCUUCCAUGGCCAGAGGGAUCUGGGAAGCUAAACCAACUAGUAAGUCAAGUUCUUUAACGGAUACUUCCAAACAGUAUGUUAUGCAAAAUUAUGCCAUCCCUAAAAACAAAAUCAGUUCUGGGAGUGGUUACCGUUCUAACAGGGAUUUACCUGCCACCAAGAAAGUAUGGGAGCCAAUAGCCACAUUAAGAUCAUCUACAUUUUGUCCAGAAACUGUUGAAAUGAAUAAGCACCUCAAGUCUUCUCCUUCCAACAGCUCUGAUGAAAUGUCUGAGGUUUCUGCUCAAAACAGUCACGAAGAGACGAGUGAAAAAGAUUCCAGAAACUCUAGUAUUGAUUCGGAAAACAGUUCCCAAAGUGACGAGGUUAAGUCCCCACUGUGUCUGAAGGAAGUAUCAAAUAUGGAAGGUGAAUCAUCAACAAACAGCCCUUCUAGUUCUGAUAAUUGCUCGUCCUGUCUCAGUGAGGGAGACAGCAAUGCGUCAUCUGCAAAUCUUCUUAACCCAGAAUCUUCAUCCAUGUCAGACUCCGAAGAUUCCAGUCAAAAUUCAGAAGAAAGACCGGCAUGUCUUCAAAACGGAUUCGGUGAACGUCACGAAGACACACCCAGUAAAAAGCAAACUACUGAAAGUGAAAGUCCAGUUAGCAUUACUAAACUACCAUCAAGUAGCAUAACAUCUGCUUCUGCUUCUGUGGUUUCACAUGGUGGUGAAAGAUCAAGUGUUGCUGUGGGAAUCCAACCACAACCCGUACCUCCUGUUCAUCAUAAUAGCCAGAACGUUCACUUUCCAAUGUUCCAAGCUUCAACAAUGGGUUACUACUAUCAGAGUCCAGUUUCCUGGGCAGUCCCACCGGCGAUGCCAUAUCAUCAUCCCACCAGCCACUAUGUAUUCACAAGCCCUUUUCCAUAUGGUACGAACGUUGGCUCACCGUUUAUACAGUACAGUGCCUUUCAGCCUAUGCCUCAGCCGUUGUUUACCAGUCUCCCUCCUGCUGGUCACCAUUUAACCGUGCUCCAGCCCGCAUCUCAAGCCAACGGUGUUGAUCUGAAAGAGAAUAAUACUAAUAAUAGCAAUACAAAGGCUUGGUAUCAAGGUGGGGUGGUAAAAGAUGACCAUCACGAAGAAACAACUUGGCAAAACGGGAAGUGUAACAAGAAAACAGAUUUGGGAGAUUCGGGCUUCUCUCUUUUCGCCUUCUCUGAUCCUAUCUCUGUUAAAGAAGGCACCGUUGGGAAUUUCAGUUCGAAUUUGUCAAGAGAUUUGGGGAACGGUUGUUGUGAUCAUAAUCAUGGCAGGGAUGAGAAGAAUCCUGUAGAGGAAUACAACCCGUUUGCCAAUGGCAUCGAGUUUUCGUUCUCUGAUAUAGUUAACCAACCUCAAUGAGGUCGUUUAAAAAAACGAAUGAAACAAAAAAAAAUCGCAGUUUCUAUUCUACAUUGAGUGAUGGAAAGCUGGAGCGUUUGUAUCAUGCCACACAAUAAUGCUCCUCUGAACAUUUUGGCCUUUUUUUUCGUGAUUUAGUUGAUUGGAUCAUUUUUCCUUGUUUUCUUUUCUUGAGAAUCUAUUUGAACAGAAAGAAAGAUUGAGAGAAUGUCGUAGUAAAGUUUAUAAGGUUUU